CCUCCUGCAGGGUUUAGGAGCCGUUGCUGUGGACGGAGAGACAGGAACGUGAGCGGCCAUUGAGGGCGGCCAGGGUGCCGGUGAGCCCCCAUCUGCACGGUGUGCGGGCCGGGCUUCAAGGGCUGAUCUUCGAUGGAGGACAACAUGACGGGGCACAACAAGGAGAAGCGUUAUGAGUGCGACGUGUGUGGCAAGGUCUGGCAGUACCCGAGCAAGCUGGAGGCCCACCGGCGGGUGCACAUGAUAGAACGCCCCUUCAACUGCAUAGAGUGCGGCAAGAGCUUCAAGAGGGCGGAUGUGCUGAAGGCCCACCGGUGGGUGCACACGGGCGAGAAGCCCUAUGGCUGCUCUACAUGCGGCGAGAGCUUUACCCAGUUGUCGAGGCUGCGGGAGCACCAGCGGGUGCACAGCAGUGAGCGGCCCUUCACCUGCUCCGACUGCGGCAAAGGCUUCAAGUCGUCCAAGGAUCUGAAGGGGCAUAGCCGCGUGCACACCGGGGAACGCCCCUACACAUGCAGCGACUGCGGCAAGGGCUUCACCCAGUCUAGUCACCUGCUGGUGCACCAGCGCACCCACACCAACGAGCGCCCCUACACCUGCACGCAGUUCGGCAAAGGCUUCACCCAUUCCAGCAACUUGCUGAGGCACCAGCGCACCCACACCGGGGAGCGCCCCUUCACCUGCGCUCAGUGCGGCAAGGGCUUCACCCACUCCAGCAACUUGCUGAGGCACCAGCACACCCACACCGGGGAGCGCCCUCUGGGCAAGUGA